UUUUUUUCCCGUAGAUAUGGUUUCGAAAAUUAAAAGAAGAAUAAAAGAAUGUGUGAUCUAAAACUUUGUGACUGAUGGCGAUGCCACUUAAAAUAUUUGUGAUCGAAAUUUAUCAGCAAUAAGUUGAUAGUGAUUUUCAAACAAUUGCAUUUGCUCUCGAGAAUAGUUUUGAUUUAUAAAUUAGGUAUCACUAAACAAAUAUUAGAAAUCAAUUAUUUAUCAAUGUUACGAAAACAACUGAUCUCUGCCCUUUCUAUUGCAUAAAUAGAUAAUUAAAUACAUGUUUAUAAAUAAUUAUUGUAAAUUAUUUAUUUUAAAUUUUAAGAAAUUUAAUAUUUACAAUAAAAUAUAAGAUUCUGUUUAAUUUUUAUUUUUAAAAAUUGCAAAACAAUUAAUUGUUUUAUCGUGCUUUGACAUUGUUUAAUAUACGUUAGUGAUAUUAUAUGUUAAUUGUUAAUUAUUAUAUAUUAAAAGUUGGUCUAAAUAAAUAAAAAUAAAAAUUAUGAAUAUAAAAAAAUAUUCUUUUACUUCCCAUAAUAUUUUUUACGAAGAUUAUACUUUAGAAACUUUAUGAUGUUCUCCAAGGUUUAUAUAUAUUAUAAUAUAUCAUAUUUUAACUUAUUUAUUAUUUUUAUUAUAGCAUCUUCGUAUAUCUAAUAUCGAUAUAUCUUAUUUAUAUCUCACCGUACUUAUAAACACUUUAUAAUCGAAACUAAAAUCAAAUUAAUUAUAUUUUAAUUAUAUGUUCUGUUAUAUAUAUUUUCAAUCGACGCAAUAAAAUUGUUGUUAUUGACAUUUUCUAAUACGACUAAUGCAAUAAAUGAAAAUAUUUUUAAUGUAUAGAAAAUGUAAUUCUGCCUACAUAUAUUAAACGUAUUUAAAUUAUGUUUUAAGGAAAAGAAAACAAAUUUUCUCCUUUCUUUUGCGUAAGAAAGAUCCUCUAAUCCUAUGAAAAUCCCAGAUAUCAAGGGCAUUUUGUUUACAGUCGCUUUUAUGGUGAAUGGCUACGUGUAAUUCAACUCAUGCUGUAUAUGUCCGUGUCUUUGUCAUGAUUCCGUAAUAAUUCUAAAAAGCUAAAUUUAUGGUCGCCAAUCCCUAUGGCAAAAGGGCGCGACAAUUCUGCCGACGCUGUACUGAUUCUCUUGUGUGUUUUCUAGAGCGGAAGUACUCGCCAGGUGACGCCAUCGAUUUAUACUAUCAGUACCAGACGAUGUAUCUGCGAUUGAUGGCAGAGAAUCAGUUAACUAAGGAGACAGCAACGAGAACGGCAGCAAUUGAAAAUCUAUCGAGCGUUUCUCCCGGUAACGUUAGUAACGAGAAACUUCAAAACGGCCAAUUGACGGAAGUUAACAGCAAUCAGGUAACCGCGGGUAAUCGCGAUUACUAUUGUCCACGUUGCGGUAAUUCCUAUACGAGACCGCACUCGUUGAAUAGGCACAUGAGAUUCGAGUGUGGCGUAGAACCACAAUUCGAAUGUCCCAUCUGUCACAAGAAGUCGAAACACAAACAUAAUUUGUUGUUACAUAUGAGAACUCAUCAGAAACCUUGAGAUCAUUUGGUGCCAUUGAGUGUUACGCGAGGAGAACACACUCAAAAAACUUUUUGUGAAACUUGAAAAAUCACAUGCAUUUCACGAUUUUAAUUGUGGUUUGUCAGACUUAAUCAACUGACACAAGUUUAAUUUAAUUAAAAGUAUAUAAGUUACAAGACUUAAGAUACUUGGGACUUUUAGAUUGAUUUUUUUGUUGAGCUCACAAAGAUAUUUAUGAAUCCUAAUGUCUCAAGUAAAUUAUUAAUUUUUUAAACUAAUUUCUUUGUAUUUUUAGAAGGAAAGCUGUUCUUUCUCUUACGCGUAAACAUCACUUUGUGAUUAAUCAUAGACAAUAAGCAUUCGAAAAGUUCAAAUACAAAAUAUAUAUAAUAUGUUUAAUUUUGAUAACACACACAACUGGUAUUUAAUUAAUUAAAUUAUUUUUAUUAAUUAAAGAAAGAGAAUUAUAUUAUCUAAUUAUUAAAUAUUUUAUCAACUAAGCAUAAUGUAUUACUAUAUACUUCUUUGUAUAUAGUAAAGUUACCUAAUUUGUUAUGUCAUAAAUGAGCAAACAAUUAGCUGAAACUUUUUGAUACAUAAUUACAAGCCUUCCAAAGAAUAUGCAAAAUAGAAUGUACUUGUAUAAAAAUACAUAAGAUAAACGUAUUUUGAUACGUAUGACGUAUCAAAAGAACAUUAAGUAGAUUAGUUUUAUAGCGUUUUCGACCGGUCUUGGAUUAAUCGCUCCGGGAGCGAUUAAUGACGUGAUAAAGCCAAUCACAGUCAUUCUUCUGAAGAAUGGAAUAACUGUGAUUGGCCAGUUCUAGAAAAAUAAGAAUCUGAGAUGGGUUAACCCAACUCGGUUUUGCCCGAAAACGCCAUUAGUUUCAAUCUCAACUGCCAAGUUAUAAAAAGUGCUUACAUGCAAUUCUUAUUAAGACAAAAUCCCCAAAUUUAGUUUUUAUUUUACAAAAUAAUAACAGAAUAAGUAAAAAUUAGUAAACGGAAUCUUUUUUGUUGAUUGUUUUUCAUUAAUCGGGUUUAUAAUUUUGUGACUGGAAGUACAAUAUCCAAUCAAAUUGCUAAUAUAAUUGACAAAUAUAAUAAAUAAAUAAAAAA